GCAUCUGAGAUUACAGCCACAACACUGAGCUUUCUGACUGAGAACACAGAUCUGGAUUUCUGUUUUUUUAAUCACUUGUGGUGUUUUCAAAGGAUCAGACUCAAACGAGCAGCCGUAAGUAUCCGAGACGCUGUGAUUUAUCUGUUGUGAAGACUGAAACAAGCCUGAACAUGAACUGAGAGGUGAAGAGAAACAUUAACGUUAAGUCUCAGUGUCAAAGACAAUGAAACAAGUCUGAAAGAGUCUGAAUUCGAUAGAAAAUGAGUCUCGUUGACGAACCUGCGCAGGAAAAUGACCGGAAAGAGCCCGAAAUACGUCUCCAAGAGGACAUCAAGAGUAAUGAAUUUGACCCUGAGGACGAAAAGGACAAAAACAUGAUGAUGAAAGACGUUGUUAAGACAAGUCAGAGGGAUAAAAGCAGCAUUAACCCGCUGAGUCUUUUCUCAGAGGACUUCAGCCAGUUUAAGGAAGACGUGUUGAAAGUGUUCAGGGACAAAGACACGAAGACGGAAGAUGAAGACCGCCCAUCGACCCAGGCAGAAAAUAAAUCUACCAGCAGUGCGCUCGGUCUCCUGAAAGAGGACUUCAGCCACUUUAAAGACGACGUGACCAGCGUCUUUACCUCCAGCUCGUCCAAGGACAAAGAGACGAAGUCUGCAGAUCAUAAAGCGAGUCAGCCAGCGGAGAAGACGAUCAGUCGUCUGAGCCUUCUCAAAGAGGACUUCAAUCAUUUCAAAGAAGACCUGUCUAACGUCUUCAGGAUUGGUCUUUCAAAGGAGAGAGACAACAAGGCCGUCACGGCGAAGGAAGAAACAUCUGACACCAUGAAGAUAAAAGGGUUGAAAGCUGAAAGGGCUGACGAACCCUUCAACCCUCUGAGUCUGUUCAGAAGAGACGGACCACUUUCACAGACUUCUCAAACAACAGAGAACAAUCAGGGAGGUAAAAAGACAUUUUCAGAAAAUGGCGAGGGACAGGUGGACGAUGUCUUUAGGGGAAACCUCUCAGAGCAGGACGACGAGACAGUGGACGUCGAGAAAAUCAACAACAACAACAUGAAAGACAACAGCGAACUGACUGAAACACAGCACAGUGAGGAGAUGAGUCCUACAUCACAGGCAGCCAGGCAGAGAUGUGAGAGGGAAGAGUGGGGUGACAACUCCUCUGUUGUGUCAGCAGAAGACCAGAGGAUACAAGAGGAAGAAGAAGAGAAGCCAUCAGAGUCUCUUCCCUUGGAGUCCUCUGGGAUCUCUAAUCUGACAGACCCAAAUAAAGACGACACGAGGUAUCGAUCUGGAGGAGACUUGUGGUCGGUGAAAAACUUUGCCUGCUAUUUGACCUUUGACCCUAACACCGCCAACUCAGAGCUCCAUCUGACUGACUGUAACAGGAGGGCGACUCGAGUGUGGUCAGAACGUCGACCCGCGGGCCACUCGGAGCGGUUUGAGCGUUGUCCUCAGGUCCUGUGCAGGGAAGCGCUGCUGGACUCGGUGUACUGGGAGGUGGUGUGGAGUGGCGGCGCCGACGUAGGCAUCACCUACAACAGCAUCUCCAGAGACGGAGACACGGCGAGCUGUCUGCUAGGACACAACAAGCGGUCUUGGAGUCUGGAGUGUUCAGAAGGAAGCUACACACCGUGCCACGAUAAGAAAAGGUUCAGGUCCUCCUCACCCCGACCCUUCACCCACAGAGUCGGGGUUUACCUGGACUGGUAUGCAGGCUCUCUGUCCUUCUACUGCGUCUCUCGGGACACCAUGGUCCACCUUCACACCUUCACCUCCACCUUCACUGAGCCUCUGUACCCGGGUUUCUGGGUCUGGGCCUACGACGGCUCGGUGUCACUGUGUCAGGUAGAGUUAGACUGGGAACGACUGCUGGAGUGAACCAGUGGAACCCAGCGGUCGGGGUGGGGGGGUCUCUGUUGUGGACCGAGGAGCUUUAAUACAACUCAGCGGUGACACACAUCUACGAUAGCGUCCUCCAUUUUGGCUCUCGGUCCACUCAGAGCUCAGCUGUCUGGACGGCUUGCUGUCCUGCCCUAAACUGAUGUAAUCUGUAAGUCCACUUUCAGAUCUAAAAAAGUCCAAGAUACCUCUGAAACUUAAAGACUGAAUUCUGUAGUGGAUCAGUUCUGUCUCUUUGGAAAGUGUUCUGAUGCCGAGAACAAAACACUGAUGAACCUGCUUUAACAGAGUCAGUGAGUGAUAUGCGCUGUCUGCUGCUAUAAUGAUUAUUUUUACAUUUUUAAAAGUUAACUGUGGACACUGAUUUAUAUGUAUUAAUAUAUAGAUAUGUUGAUUUAUUUUUGGACAUGAUGGGACUUCAAAAGAUUCACUGCUGGAGUUUAUGCCUUAAGCUUUGGACAAAGUGGAAGACGAACAACUGAAAGCUACAAAGACAAACAUAAGGUAACAUAAAGAUGUUUUAGUGUUUGACAGUCAGGCAGGAAACCUGACGACUGAGUAAAUCCACUGCAGGUAGACGCCGCCGCAAAUCCCACAAGAACGGCAACUGACACGUGUUCUUGUACCAAAACAAACAUGGACGCCCAACCAGCAGCUUGUUUAUCCGCAGCCACAUCUGAGCUGAAAAGACCGAAAAAAAGGAAGUAAACGGCUGAGAGUCUGGCGAGACCCUGGAUGGCUACCUUCAGGUAAAGCAGUUUGUUUACAAGUACGUCUCGCCCACUUGUGUGUUACAAGUGACGUCAAUAUCUGCUGACAGUCAACACUAACUGAGCCAGACUGGAACAGACCCGGUCCAACUUGGCCCCUUCAGUCGUCACGCUCAAAUCGUGUGUCCCUGCUCUUAACCUCUUACCAUUCCUGUACAAUUCAUGCAAAAUGCCUCUUCAAGGCAGAUCCAAAGUAAAUUGAAUGUAGUUCUUGAACCAUCUGGAGUAUCUGCCUGGUCGGGCUUCUCUGAACGAUAACAGUCUGCAGUGUCUAACCCAAACGUCAGAAUCACUGUAAGAGUUACUGGAAUUGAUUAAUAUAAGUUUAAACACACUAAAACUAUUAUAUUUUUUGUUUCCACUUGAAAAUGUUGUGGGUUAUGGGUUGUACUAACAAAUGAAUGCAGACAACUAUAGCUGGGAAACACUGUAGGGCCGCAGCAUAAAGCCUUACCUAGAACAAGUUUAAAUUUCAUACCAAUACCAUGAAAAUGACAGUUUUCCACAGGUUUUGAGUGUAUCUCUUCCCUUUUUUUUUCUAAAACAGCCCCGCCCCUUGGCAUCGCUCCUAUCAGCCGGCAGCUCGACGCAGACGUGUUUUUUGCUGGUAGAUUAUGAACUUCCUACUUAAGGCUGGAUAUCGUCAUUUUCAGAAUGGCGCUUCCUCACAGCGCGGGUUCUCGUUGGCUGUUGUAGGCUGUGAAAGGGACAUGUGAGCUCCUAUUGGGUCGGAUUUGGUGUCACUCGAAAGGUCAGAGUUCAGCGGCUAAAUUGAAUACAAGCCAUCGUAGUUGUUUACAUUCAAAUUGGAGUUAUUACGGUUAUAAUGACAAACGAGCCACGUCUGCAGAUCUGAAGCGAUGCGGCAGCCGUCCCUGGGGAUUUACUGAUGGAAUAAUGUGUUUUGGACUAAAUAUUUUUACUGGAUUUGAUCAUCUGGACCUUUGACAGCGUAACAAGACCAUUUUUGUUGGAAUAUAAUCGAUCGGUGGAUUAAGUUACUGUGAGGAUUCAUAAGUGAGUCGCAUCAGUUUUGUUUGUACUGGUUGGUCUGACAGAGGCGCUGAUUGGACCCGCUGUGGUAUCUUGAAAUGGUUUGCAUUGGUUGAAUCACGAGGAUUGUUGAGUAUGAACUUAACAUAGCAGUUAUGUGCACAUACUGAAAGCUGCCACGAGGACCUGAUGUAACGCACCGUCUGUAAGUCCACCUUCAGAUCUAAACGAGUCCAAGAUACCUCUGACACUAAAAGACUGAAUUCACUUUGGAAAAUGUUCUGAUGCAGGAAACACAGAUGAACCUGCUUUAAUAAAAUCAGAGUGACUCAGUGAUCUGUGCUGUGUGUUAAUGCAUAUGUCUGACCUGUAGCUGGCUCUCCUGACUCCCUCGGGCCUCCUGCAGCUCCUUCUCCAGCUGCUCCAGACGAGCAACACGGAUCUGAAACACACACACAGUUCAGACUCAUCCAGAUGUGCUGUGUUACCAACCAGAUGUGUGUACUGUAAACCAUCAACAACAACUCAACUGUGUAAUAAUUUAAUAAGAUGAAUCGAUAUUAUUUGGAGCAGCAGCAGCCGUCAGUCUCACCUGUGUCCUCUGAACCACCUCAUCGCUGGUGCCGAAGCGUUCCUCCAUCACAGACUGAACUUGCUGGGCUUCAAACUCCAGCUGCUGCCGAAUCAGAUCCAUCUGCAGAGAAAACUACAACACAAACACACAAAGGUCAGGGCAUAAUAUAGGUCAUAAUAAUAUUAAUUCAAGCACUCAUUAUGCAGAAUGGCCCAUUUCAGAAUGAUUGGUUUAAUGAUGGUUAUUAUAUUAUUGGAUUAUAGUCAACCUGUAAUAAUAAAUCAUUAUAGAUUUACUGAUUAUAUAUUAUUCAUUUUAAUCUGCAAAGUUAGUAAAAAGUACAAUUUUGAGAUGUGGUGGAAGUAGAAAGUGGCAUUAAAUUAAAAUACUCAAGUAAAGUUAUCUAAAAUUGUACUUCAUCUAUAGUAAAUUGAAUUACCAACACCAGAGAUGCUCACAGGUCACUGAGUUCAAGUCUCAAGUCUCUGGUGGUUAUAAUGAAUGUUGUGUCAGCUGCUGCGUUCAAUCCAGGCUGCUUAUAAAACUGCAGAGCUAUA